ACUCGUGAGGAGUCGUAUUUCGAGCAGUGCUUUAUUGUCGAGAAGAAGAUAGGAAGCGGUUCUUUCGGUGAUGUCUUCAAAGUGAAGAGUCGAGAGGACGGCAAGUAUUACGCCAUAAAGAAGUCGCGCGAGAGGUUCAAAGGGAAGUCGGACCGCGAGAGGAAGUUGGAAGAGGUGUGUAAACACGAACAGCUGCCCAAACACCCGAACUGUGUGCGACUGUUCCGGGCCUGGGAGGAGAAGCAGCACCUGUACAUACAGACCGAGUUGUGUGAGACCAGUCUCAGCGACUUCGCAGAUGUCAAUCACGACAUUCCCGAACACAUUGUCUGCAAUUAUUUGGUUGAUUUGCUCAAAGCUGUUCAGCACCUCCACGAUCACCACUUAAUACAUCUCGACAUUAAACCCGAUAAUAUAUUCCUCUCGAGGCAUGGUUUCUGCAAAUUAGGAGACUUUGGACUCGUUCUCGACGUUAAUAAAAAUGACACGAACGAAGCCACAGAAGGAGACCCCAAAUAUUUAGCCAAAGAGCUAAUGUCGGGUCAGUUCACAAAAGCUGCCGAUAUAUUCAGUUUAGGCAUAACUAUACUGGAAAUAGCGUGUGAUUUAGAUCUGCCGUCCGGUGGAGAGGGUUGGCAUCAACUCCGAGACGGCAACAUUCCCGACAACCUUCUCAACGGCAUGAGUUCGGAAUUGAGUGAAAUAAUAAAAGCUAUGAUGAGUCCUGACUAUAGCCUCAGGCCAUCGGUGAACCAAUUGUUAAGUCAUCCAUUCAUUCGGCGAAUUGAAUGCUCGCGUCGAUGGAAGUUAAAGAGCAAACGAAGCCUGAAGUUAGCGAAAACAUUACUUAAUUGGUUUUUGCAGUUUUUUAUCAACACUUUUCUCUUCAUAUGUUAUCCAUUCAAAUAUUUAUACCAAACUAUCGCUAAAAGGCCGGCAACUGAAACGCCCUUAAAGUCUCCAAACAAUUCAAAUUAUUUAUAUGACAACGAUUUCGACAACUAUUCGGACGACGACUUAUUCGACGCCUCCUCCGUCUCUCUUCUAANAUUUUUUAUAAUUCUUUGA